UGGCGUCGUCCCGUAACUGUCAGCGUGGGGACAGGCAGGAGGAAUCUAUGCCAGCCAAUGUACAGAGACAUCUCCCGGGUGUGCCAUCCAUCGCUGCUAUCCUUCUCCAGCCGGGAGGACUAUGCUGUACCUCAUUGGGUUAGGUCUGGGGGAUGCCAAGGAUGUGACAGUCAGGGGCCUGGAGGUGAUCAGGAGCUGUGCCCGGGUCUACCUGGAGGCAUACACCUCCAUACUCACCGUGGGCAAGGAGCACCUGGAGGAAUAUUAUGGACGUGAGCUGAUCCUUGCUGACAGGGAAACUGUAGAACAAGAUGCGGAUGAAAUCCUCAGAGAUGCUGCUGUUAGUGACAUUGCCUUCCUGGUGGUUGGUGAUCCUUUUGGAGCUACAACGCACAGUGACCUGGUACUCCGAGCAGCCAAGGCAGGAAUCCAGCACCGAGUCAUACAUAACGCCUCUAUACUUAGUGCUGUGGGUUGCUGUGGUCUUCAGCUUUAUAAUUUUGGAGAGACGGUUUUCCAUUGUUUUCUGGACAGACUCUUGGAAGCCAGAGAGUUUCUAUGACAAAAUUCGGAGGAACAGACUCAGUGGGAUGCAUACUCUGUGCUUGUUAGAUAUUAAAGUGAAGGAGCAAUCAAUAGAAAACCUCAUGAAAGGAAAGAAGGUUUUUGAUCCACCUCGCUACAUGACUGUGAAUCAAGCAGUGGAGCAGCUUCUGCAGAUUGUGCAGAACCGGAGGGAGCUGGGAGAGGAGCUGGCUCUGACCGAGAACACAAUUUGCGUGGGUCUGGCUCGAGUAGGGGCGUCUGACCAACACAUUGCAGCGGGCACCCUGCAGCAGCUCAGUACGGUUGAUUUUGGAGCCCCUCUUCAUUCAUUGGUGAUCAGCGGCUGCAUGCACCCCCUGGAACUGGACAUGCUCAGACUCUUUGCUGUGGACCCCUCUUGUUUUGAUCAGAUUAAUGUAGAGGACAGCUCAACAAUCUAUCUGUCUUCCUAG